UUUCCCACGGACUUUUGCCCUAUCCAUCUCUCUUCUGAACUGUCUCUGACUGCUAUUUCUAACCACCUUCUGUUUGUGCUUUCUCCCCCCUGACCCUUCGGCAGAUCAAGUGCGUGCUCCUGCAGUGGCUGCCGUGGCUCCUGCGUAUGAACCGGCCGGGCAAGAAGAUCACGCGCAAGACAAUCAUGAUGAACAACAAGAUGCGAGAGCUUGAGCUCAAGGAGCGGUCGUCCCGCUCGCUGCUGGCCAACGUGCUCGACAUCGACGACGACAUCCGCCAGAUCCACGCGUCGGGCACCACCACGCCGGCAGGAGGAGGGGCAAGGGGGACGCCCUCCUACAACGGUGGAUACCACCGCCUCCUGGGCCGGUCCUACGAGGAAGGAGCUCCCCUGCUGGCGCCGCACUCCUCCUUCUGCUUUCAGAACACGCGCGAGCUGCAGAACAUCUUGCGCGAGCUCCGCUUCAUCACCAACCAGAUGAGAAGCAACGAGGACGACACCGAGGUGAGGCACGACUGGAAGUUCGCUGCGAUGGUGGUGGACAGGUUCUGCCUCAUCACCUUCACCCUCUACACCGUCAUCUCCUCGGUGGUGGUCCUCCUGUCGGCGCCGCAUAUCGUGACCAACUAGGAAUGAGCUCAGAUCCUACGCAUGGAUCUUGCAUUAAGUUAUGAAUAUCACUAAUAUUUGAUGAUGAUAUAUCCAAGUGUAGAACGAGUUGACCAGAUAUCACUGAUUUUAUAUAACGGAAGUGAUAUUCGUCCUUAUUUCGUCAGAACCUUAGAACUAGCAUACAUCGAAUACCAUCAUAAUAUCCAGUUCAAGUUCUUCUUUGCCAUGUUACAUCCCAUCGACGCCAGUUCCAAUACGAAAGAAAAAAAAAUAAGUGGUAGUAUACAUACUUUGUGAUGAAAAAGGAUCUUGACUUUAGAGUUGGUGCUUCAAUAAACAAAUACUAUACACUUUGGAAAAAAAAAAAUGCAAUGGCGGUUCGGGAAGACCUUUUCCAGAUGCUAUUGUUAAUCAGUUUCAGCCUGUCUGCUUUGGCGGGUCCGAAAUGUGAUGAAGAGUAUGUAUACUAAGCUGAUAUUCAAAUAUGUGAAAAGAGUAUUCAUACAAAACAUACAAAUCAAGUGAAAUAAAAAUUAUAAGAUUUCCAAUUGAAAGAUUUUGAUGAAAAUUGC